AGAGAGAGAGAGAGAAAGAGAGAGAGAACAGCAGCUGAGUGUGCAAACAGAGGCAGAAACAUUAGGUUAUCUCCAGAUACUAUCAUCAGACACCAAGCUGUCACUUUUACCGCUCAGAGUCAAGUCCGCUCUCCUCCGAGAGGUCCCCCAGCAGCCACAGGAGCCGCCGCAGCAGCAAGCCGGAGCAGCAGCGCCCAGGUCCGGUUCGCUUUGCUCCAGCAGCCGCCCGUGAGAAAACUCCCCGAACGCGGUCGUCUCAGCUGGCAUGAGCUAACCUCCGAGUCCGACAUGGAAACCAAACCGUUCCUGUCAUUGGGGUUUUUGAAGCCCCAGUGCUCAUUGGCUCCCCCCAUGCAACGAGGUCGUUCGUCUGAGGCGUGUUCAUGUUUCAGCGGUGUUUGUCCCCUCCAUCAGCGUCGCCUAUCCUCAGAUUCUUCAGGACAGGUGACCUCCUCACCUUUAGGCUCUCCUACUUCCCAUCGUGGAAUGCAUCCCUCUUUGCUGAGCCCCACCUCCAUGGGACCCUCUGGCUCUCUCCAUUCUCCCAUCAGCACCCUGAGUUCACCAAUGAACGGCCUCACCUCACCCUUUUCAGUCAUUAGCUCACCCAUGGGGCCGCACUCCAUGAACUCGCCUGGCAUGGGCUACGGCCCCAGCAUCAGCCCACAGAUGUUUCAGUUGAACUCUCCAAUGAACUCGGUCAGCAGCACGGAGGACAUUAAGCCCCCGCUGGGCCUCAAUGGCGUGAUGAAGGUGCCCGCUCAGCCCUCAGGCACGGCUCUGUCGCUCACCAAACACAUCUGCGCCAUCUGCGGCGACCGCUCCUCAGGAAAACACUAUGGUGUCUACAGUUGUGAAGGCUGCAAAGGUUUCUUCAAACGAACCGUUCGCAAGGACUUGACCUACACCUGCCGUGACAACAAGAACUGUGUUAUCGAUAAGCGCCAGAGGAACCGCUGUCAAUACUGCCGCUACCAGAAGUGCUUGGCCAUGGGCAUGAAGAGAGAAGUUUUGUUACAUGCAGCCGUCCAGGAGGAGCGCCAGAGAGCCAAGGACAAGAACGAGAACGAGGUGGAGUCCACCAGCUGCGUGAACGAGGACAUGCCCGUGGAGAAGAUCCUGGAGGCCGAGGAGGCGGUGGAGCCCAAAACCGAGACCUACAUCGAGACCAACCUGGGGAUGCCGUCCAACUCGCCCAACGACCCAGUGACAAAUAUCUGUCAGGCAGCAGACAAACAGCUUUUUACUCUGGUGGAGUGGGCCAAGAGGAUUCCCCACUUCUCGGAGCUGCCGCUGGACGACCAGGUCAUCCUGCUACGAGCAGGUUGGAAUGAACUCCUCAUUGCGUCAUUUUCGCACCGUUCCAUCGCAGUAAAGGACGGGAUUUUGUUGGCGACGGGGCUGCACGUGCAUCGCAACAGCGCCCAUAGUGCCGGAGUGGGAGCCAUCUUUGACAGGGUGCUCACAGAGCUGGUGUCAAAGAUGAGAGACAUGCAGAUGGAUAAGACUGAGCUGGGCUGCCUCCGAGCCAUCGUCCUUUUCAACCCAGACUCUAAAGGUUUGUCCAACCCAGGUGAGGUGGAAGCUCUGAGAGAGAAAGUCUACGCGUCUUUAGAGGCUUACUGCAAACAGAAAUACCCAGAGCAGCCAGGCAGGUUCGCUAAGCUGUUGCUACGGUUACCAGCGCUGCGCUCCAUCGGGCUCAAGUGUUUGGAGCACCUUUUCUUCUUCAAGCUGAUUGGCGACACACCUAUUGACACCUUCCUCAUGGAGAUGCUAGAAGCUCCUCAUCAAAUGACAUAAUAGGAGUGACCCCUCAUGACCCCCCGGACCCUCCUCCCACACUUAAACUCCCAACAUGCAUCACCCCAGCUGCCUUGGAUCCAGAACAUCUACAAAAGGGCAGACUUAAAGAAUAAACAACAAAAAUGAACAUCUCCCUUCUUGCUUUUGUCCCUCAUCCAUCUUCUCUGUUCACCAUCUCUCUGAAGUGUUUCAAAAUGAGGAAUCCAUCAUGAAUAUGGGUCUCUUUUAUACCUUGUAAAAUUUAUAAAUAAGAAAAAAUAUCUAUAUAUAUAUAUAUAUAAAACACCAUCAACGUAAGUGACGGGACAGGACUGAAACGAGGACAUAAACAUACUGAGCCAUGGUUUUCGUCUUUGCUUGUCGGAUCCCCCUGACGAGGAAACAGCAGAGACGAUCAGGUUUUCAACACCCACAGUGCUCAGCAAAACAGCGACGAUGUCACAGGCAUUGUGAUCGGGACAAUCGCACAUUCUGUGGAACCUCUGGGAUGUUUAAUCUGGGAUCUGAGCCUGCUUUUGCUUUUUAGGACUGGACAGCUUGGGGGGAAAACAACAACAACACAUCAACGCAAAGGAACUUGUCUCUUCAAUCUGACUGAACAUGUCAGCUCUUGCACCAGGUGUUUAUUUUUUGGAAGAGUGAGCUUGCCAGCGUAGAACUCAGAAGUGGCUUAACAAGAGGGCAAGUUCUCACAAACCUCAGGUCUCUGGCCAAUUCCAACAGACCCAACCAUGUCUUACUGUACCAGCACUGAGCGGCGUUAGGGAAGGAUGUCUUAGCAGUCCACAAAUCAACCCUCAAGUACUCAGAAUGACUUGGAAAAUCUUGUUUAGUACAAUCUCUGUAACUCUCUGUGCCCGUAAACUGAUGUAAAUUAGCUUUAUGAGACUUGAGCGUCAUUGGAUGCUCCAGGAGGCCUCCAGCAGGUGCAGGGACAACAUGUCAACUUUUUUCAGACUUAAUUUUUUUUUUUUUUUUUUUUUUUGCCUCAACACACAGUCCCACACGAGAGGAAAUGUCAUCAUUCUGUCAGACUCUGAGCUCCUCAUAGUCCUCUCUCUGCCUCACAUUUCAUGCUAACUUCUGCCAGGCAGACACACCUCCACGCUCAGAAAUCCCUCUGCUCGUUGCAGUAGGCAUCACUUCUUUCUUUCCAACACCUCAUAUCUACCUGUACUGAAAGCUACAACAGUAUUGACCUUAUUUUCAGAAAUGCACAAAUACCUCUGUUUCCAUUCACUCAUGUAGGAUUUAGAGAAUAUGGGAGGAGAGCUAGUUUGUCGUGGCAGAGCCAUUGUUUGUUUGUUUGUUACUUGGCACUUAACCUCAUGACAGUGUAAUUGGGUUUCUAGAUGGAGAGUGGAUGUUGAUGUGAUCGACCUCUGCGGUGGAGUUUGACACUCUCCCGUUCAAGAACGCCUCAGUACUUUUCCUCCUGAAAAGAACACACACACAUUCACUCUGUGCACUUCUCUGGACAACCAAGUGACAUUUAAGUUGAACUGAAAUGUUAAAGGUCUUUAUGUGUAAACGUGUUUUGUGUCCGCAUUCUUUUAUUGUUUUUUGCCCUUUCCUGCUUUUCUCUAAAUGCUGAAGCUGCUGCAAAACUAUGCAUAGUGUUCAUUUCCAAAGACUGUCUGCAGAGCGUCUUAACGAGAGUAAAUGUUUGGGAGGUGGAGGUCUCCAUUAUUCAGAAAUAGAUACUCACUUUAAUCUGGUUUAAUCACCUUCAGAUAAACUAAGUUGGUAGCGGAAACCAUUAGCUGAAAAGAUUAGCUUUAGCCAUUAGCGGCUCAGCAUAUUAGUUGAAAUCAUCUAAUGGUGCGUUCCAUUUGUGCUUGGAAGUCAAAUUUUCCAAAUUCCAAGUUGGAGGAAAUUAGCUAAACAUUUAUUUUUUCACUUAAAAAAUAAUUUGGCAUCACUUAUAACAAUGUACAAUGUUUGGCUUCACUGCUUGAAUGCCUGACACAGGAAUGAAUUAUUUGGGGGUUUUAUUGCUACUUGUAGCUAGGUUGGUCUUGUAUGGGGAAAAAAAUCCCACUGGUUUCUAACUUGCUACUACAGCAGUUAAGUUAGAAAUUAUGUCAUAAUUAUUUGUGCCUAAUAAGUUCUGGAUUCUAUGAAAAAUGGAGCAAAGCAUAAAUCGACUGGCUAAACUAGGAAUUACAAACAGUUUGCCUUAAAUGUUAGCUAAUGGGACACUUUGGUUCUACUUGAAAUGUAGAAUUUCUGAGUUUUUUUGCCGGAAAAGCUCAGGAUUAUACCCCGGAAACUGAGGUUUAUUACUAAUCCCAACCUAAAAAUUCAAUACGGUUGUCGUUUAUGUAAAGAGAAGCCUGUCCUGUUUUUACUCUGAAUUCAAAGUUUCCACAUUUGAAGUUGAAAAGCUUUAAGAGUCAGUUGGGUAGAUAGGGCUGAUCUAAUUCUUAUAUCCAUGAAAAUUUCUCCUUUCAAGGUGAAUGGAAUGCACCAUAGAAAUUCUUGCAAACUAAAAAGCACCAAACAUAUUCACAUGACUCCUGAUUGUCUGGAAACGGUAAAUGAGAACAAACCUAAGCAUUGACUGUUUUUAUCAACCGUUGGACUGAGACUUCAAAAGCAACACGAGCAAACAAAUCUUGGGUUCUUGACAGCAAUCACGUUUCACCUCAUGGAUGCUAUUUCUAGCAUUUUGCAACGCACAAAAUAAUAGAAAUUGUCAUUUUAUAGCAGAAUAAAAUUUUAACUAAAUCUAUUUCAAAACUUCCAAACAGUUCUAACGAUAGUAUGUUAACUAAUUGAUGUCUUCAUGGAACCUAAAUUAAAUUUUAGUUUGUUAAAAAUCAAAUAGCUUCUAAGUUUGGACCCCCCCCCCACUGGAUAAGGGCCCCAUAUACAUUUUUGCAUCUCCUCUGCUGGUAUUAAGUGGACUUUGGUUUUGGGGACUAUAGCUGGGCACCAUAUAUGACUCACAGCUGGCUCUGACAUGAAUUCUUAGAAAAUCGGUCUGAAUUGAUUAUCACAUCUUGUCCCUACAUAAAGCCUAUGGAGGCAUUUGACAUGGGGUUGUUAUGUAACCCAGUGACAAUCCGAUUUGGGGCCCAUUUUCCAGCUCAUUACUUACCCAUGUGGGCCCCAUAUAUAGAAGCUGGCUGGAACAGCUCGCCAAUAUUCCCUGUUCCCUCUUUACUGCCCAGAACGUAUAAUGUGAAAAGUAAAAUAUAGAAGAAAUGAGUACAAAAGAAAAGAAAAAAAACAGAACUCUAUGAGCUGAAGGCUGUCGGAUAUUGACCGCUUUCAUUGCUCCCUUUCUCUUAUGUUUUACUAGCUUUCCUUCUCAUAUAAUUACAUAUUUAAGCACUAUGAAAUUUCCAUACUUUUCCAGUAGCCCCACAGAGACUCCACAGAGAAUUUAUACAUAAAUCACCAACGGUAGAAUGUGCUUAAAUCAGUUUGGGGUUUGUUUUUUUUUUUGUUUGCUUUUUUCCUCGCUAUUUCGGGUUGGAUGUUGCUCCAUCUUGUGAAAUUGUUUCCAGUUAUUCCUUCUGUUGAAAAGCCAGCUCGGAAAUGUCAGAUGUGAUAGAAAUGAAAUGUGCUGGAUGGAUUUACCUCGAGUCGAAGUAAAAAAAAAGUGUGGUGAUUUGUGUGCCGUGCGCUCCCUCUGGUGGAUGAGAAGCAGCGCUGCAGCGUUACUUGAAAUUGUUUUCUAGAAGUAUUUAAGUGGACAAACAGAAGGCACUUUGUCACAGCUUUCUAAUUGUCACAGAUGCUCUGCGCCGAGCAGAAAAGUAGCAAUGAGAAAGUAGCAAUAACUUCAGUUUAACCCAUCAGCGUGAUGUUUAUUGCUAAGAUGAACUUAAGCACGGUGGUUUGUGUUUGUGCAACCUAUCCAGGUGACAGUAUUACCUGCCAGCUUGGGCUCAGUUUACAGUAUUUAUAUUCUGGGAAAACAUGUUGGUUUUCCUGAUGCAGAAUAUGCUCUGUGUUUUGUAGAUUUUUCUGAUUUGAAUCAAGAAAAACUCAUUUCAAACUGUCAAAGAUUUGUUUCCCAAAUAUUAAAAAAAAAAUAUAUAUAUAUAUGAACAUCCUCUUCAUUACUGGCUGAUUGGAAACAAUCGUGCAAAAGCCAUAUAAAGUGUGUGACGUGCAAAAAGUUCACGUCCCCUGCAGGAAAUUGAUAGAUGUGGGAAAAGAUGAGGAAAUAACUGUCCACAUAGAAUGAAAACCUAAACGGAUGCUUUAUAACAUAAAGCUAUAUUUUGUUAAUAUGUAUAUUUGUAUAUAUUUAUAAAUAUAUAUCAGCAGAUCUGCUCAUUGAAUAUUCCAAAACUGAAAAUAAAAAAAAAAAAAAGUCAGAAUUUUCCUAAACUGUGGGAGUUUAAAGGUGUUUUUAUUAUCACAAAUACAGGUGGGGAGGGUUGGAUUGUAACUUUUAUUAAAAACAAAAUAAAAUUUAAAAAAAACACAAUAAUCCACCAGCAGAAGCGCAGCAGCUCUGAACUCAAAAGAAACCAGCUUAAGCCGUUUUCUGUGACCUCAAAAAAUCAGGAGAGGCAAAAAUGAAAAAAAAAAAAUCAAUUUCAACUCUCCUAAAUGUAUAUGUUGCUUAGCAAAUGUAUGUUGAAAACGUGUAAUCAGGAAAAGCUGAGCUUGUGACACAAUCACUGCUUUGUUUGUUGCAUAAACGGUUAAAUGUUCUAGUUUAUAAAAAAAAAAGAAGAAAAAAAAAUCACUUGGGAAAAAGAUCUAUUUUUGUACAAAGGUAAUUUUAUCCCCUGCUUAUUUACUCUGUUCUUUUCCUUCUCUGUGGCUGUUUUGUGGAAAAGCUUCCUCAGCUUCAGACUGAAAGUGUAAUUUUUUUGUGGGGAGUGGGAGGGAAGGAUUGUCCGCUUUGGCACUUUGGUAACUGUGUCGCCUUUUAUUUUGCCAUUUUCAACUUGUCACUGCAAGAUGGGAACAUCUCUGAUGGUUAUAUUUUUAUUUUUCUGUUUUUAAGAAGACAAAAGGUUGUCUUUUGUUGGGUUUUUUUUGUCAUAUGUUUGUGGAUUGUUCUGAUGUUCUCUCAUGAAAAGAAGCUAAAAGUUAUUAAAAAAAACUUUAAACUGAUGAAAGUGGAUCUGUUAUUAUAUGAGAUGAAAUGACAGCUGUAACGGGUUCUGGAGGAAAAUGUCCAAUGUGAAGUUUGCGUUGAUUUGGAAAAGAGAUAUGGCUGUAAGCCUUGAGAUCCAUCCAACUCCACAUGCACACACAGAAAACUUUACAAAGAAUUAACUGAUGCACAUUUAGGUACCAAAACAACUUACACAACAUGAAACAUACAAAACUUUAUUAGGCUGCAGAUUAUAUCUGAGAGCUGCAAACAAGUAUUCCACUGAAAUCCAGAUUAACUACAGAAAUCGGAUGUUGCUUGUUGUUUUCACACAGGUGUGUACUAGUAGAGCAUAAGCAACCCAAAACAAAAAAAAAAAUCAGUUCAUAUGUACAAAUGGAACACAAGAAUUGUGACUGGUUGCUCGUACAAUUAUGCUAAAAUAAAAUAUUAAAACAAGUUUUAAAAUUAACUUUCCACACCAAGUUAAACUCAGUUUCUGAGGCAUUUUUUGAAAAAAACAAAAAGUGGCACAAAGAUCCGACGUUUAGGGAAGAUAAAAAUGCAAUAUUGAUACGGCUUUUUUUUUUUUUCUCCCCCAUUUCAUUAAGACUGAAGGUUAAUGUAAAUAUCCCCUCUUCAUUUAAAUGGUUCUUUACAGUCACACAGGAAUUCGAGGAACAACAAGCCUGGAAACAAUUACAUUUAUUGUACAGAAGCUGUUAAAAACAGAGAGGCAGAGUCAAAAAUACUGAAGCAGCUGAAGGUUUAACACGAUUUACUUGCUUUCUUUAAGGAGACGAAUAAACGUGACGCACUUCAGACGUGAGGAAGAUCUGCACUGCGAAGCCGAUGUGUGGUUGACGGGUUUGCUACUCCUUGCUGAACUUCAGGUACAGUUCUCUGCAUCCAUCCGGAGCUCCAUUAAAAAAAAAAAAAAAAA